AUGGUUCUCACUACCGGUGUCACUGGCGGCCCUCUCGUCGCCCGCCAGGAGAUUCGCGUUUUCGCUCAAAAUCAGGAUCUUAUGAACCUCUAUCUCCAAGGUCUCGAUCGUUUCCAGCGCACAGAUCAAAAGGAACUCUUGUCCUACUUCCAGAUCGCUGGUAUUCACGGACGACCAUACAUUCCGUACGAUGGCUCUGGAAGCGCAGGAAACUUUGGUGGAUAUUGCACUCACAGCUCCAUCUUGUUCCCGCCUUGGCACCGCCCUUAUCUCGCACUGUUCGAGCAAGUCUUGUACAAACAUGUCAACGACAUCGCUGCCUCGUACACCGACGCUGCCAAGAAGACAAAGUACCAGGCCGCUGCUCGGAGUUUCCGUAUCCCAUACUGGGAUUGGGCAUUGAACGCGGAUCUUCCCGACUUUGUCUCCCAGCAAACAACCGUCACCGUCGACACCCCCACCGGUCAGCAGACGAUCCCUAAUCCCCUCUACCAGUACACCUUCCAUCCCGUGUACUCUGACUUUGGAGAUGGUCUUCCGGAUGAGAAGACGUGGGAGUCAUGGCAGUCGACGCUCCGUUGGCCCUCGGCAAGGACUGCUGCCGGAAGAUCUCAACCUCUGGCGAUGGAAAACAACCUGCAGAACAACCGUUUGACCCUGCGUGACCGUACCUACAACUUGCUCACUCAAGCCCGAAACUACGAAGCGUUCUCCAACGAUGGCUUUAUGGGAUCUGGAACCGACCCAACUUUCUACGACAGUCUUGAGAGUAUCCACGGCCAGAUUCACGUCUUGACUGGCAGGAACGGCCACAUGGGUGUCGUCGAUUAUGCCGCAUUUGAUCCCGUCUUCUGGCUUCAUCACACCAACUGUGAUCGUCUCUUUGCAAUGUGGCAAGCACUCAACCCAACCGCUUACGUCGGACGAAGAGUGAACCAGGCUGGCACGUUCGCCACCAAGCGGGGCACAAUGGAAGAUGUCAACUCUCCUCUCGCUCCCUUCUGGAAGAGCCAAGGCGUAUACUGGACCUCUGCUGAUGCUCGCGACACACGUGCUUUGAACUAUACCUAUCCCGAGCUCGAGAAGUGGGCCUCUCUCACCCCCCAAGACAAGGCCGUCCGCCUCCGCUCAGACAUCAACAUUAUGUACGGCAAAUCUGCUCCAUUUGCUGCCAUUGUUCCAGAUCUUUUCACCCUCAAGCCACAACUCACUACCACCAACCAGGCAAACCUGGCCGUGAUCGGUGCCAAGAAGCCUGCUGGACGUAUCGCCACGGCGGCUGCGGCUCCAGCUGCAAAGGUUGCUGCUCAACCUGCUGGUGGUGCGCAACCAGCUCAACAGCCACUCGCAAAGCAAGCCGCCACGACGGUCUCUCAGGCUGCUAGCACUGUUGCUGGUGCGGCUAGUGGCGCUGCUCAAAAGGUUGCGGCGACUCUUGGUGCUCCUGCUGCCCAGCCGGCUGGCAAGUCUGGUCAUUCACGCGGCGACAGCUCCGAGUUUACCAUCACGCAAGGCAGCACUGUGGCCGAUGGAAAGAAGCAUUACAACGAGUGGAUUGCCAAUAUCACGGUCGAGAAAUACGCGGCCAAGAAGACGUUCAUGGUUCACAUCUUCCUCGGAGACUUCAACCCGGAUCCAGCUCAGUGGGGUACAGAUCCCAACCUUGUUGGCACGCACGCCGUCUUUGCGAACAACAUGAACUUUACCGGCUGCGAGAACUGCCGCGACGCCGCUGAGAGGCACAAACUCGUCACAGGUACAAUCCCUCUCACCGGUGCCUUGGGAGACCGUCUCGGAAAGAACAAGGUAUCACACCUCGAGCCUGCAGAGAUCAUUCCCUACCUCAAGAAGGAGCUCCACUGGCGCAUCCAAGACCAAGAUGAUGUUGUCAUUGAGCGCGAUCACAUCCCCAGCUUGAAGGUCUCUGUCGCCCACGUCGAAGUCGCCAUCCCCGAGAGUAUCGCCGAGUUCCCAGUCUGGUCUGGUGGUAUCAAGGAUCCCGAAAUCACGACCGGUCGUCUUGGAGGUGCUACGGAGAACGACUAG